GACUCAGCCUGGAGACACCUCCAAAACAUACUCGACCAAGUUGGCGUUUAAGCGGAUUUGGGCAUCUUGGCCGGAUUCUCCAGGGCACCCAGGUUAGGCUUCGUCAGAUAUCAGUGAGACUUGGUGGUGGGACGAGCCGAACAUCACUGCUCCUGACGGAUAGAGGGCCACCAUGUGUGACGAGGAAACAUGCCCACUAGUUGUUGACAAUGGCUCCGGCAUGGUCAAAGCCGGUUUUGCCGGUGACGACGCUCCCCGAUCUGUCUUCCCUUCCAUCGUCGGCCGUCCUCGUCACCAGGGUGUGAUGGUCGGUAUGGGUCAGAAGGACGCCUACGUCGGUGAUGAGGCCCAAAGCAAGAGAGGUAUCCUCAGUCUGAAAUAUCCUGUUGAGCACGGCAUCAUCACCAAUUGGGACGACAUGGAGAAAAUCUGGCAUCACACUUUCUACAACGAACUGCGUGUCGCCCCUGAGGAGUCCCCUGUCCUCCUUACUGAAGCCCCAAUGAACCCAAAAGUUAACAGGGAAAAAAUGACACAGAUCAUGUUCGAGACCUUUGGUGUUCCGACAACAUACGUUGCCAUUCAAGCCGUAUUAUCAUUAUACGCUUCCGGUCGCACCACUGGUAUUGUUCUUGAUUCGGGCGAUGGCGUGACUCACUGUGUUCCUAUCUUCGAAGGCUUUGCCUUGCCCCAUGCUAUCUUGCGUCUUGAUAUUGCUGGUCGUGACCUUACGAAUUAUUUGAUGAAAAUCCUUACUGAACGUGGUUAUUCUUUUACCACUAGUGCAGAACGCGAGAUUGUGCGAGACGUUAAGGAGAAACUAUGCUACGUUGCCCUUGAGUUUGAUGAUGAAAUGAAACAAGCUGCUGUUUCGUCAUCAUUAGAAAAAUCUUACGAACUUCCUGACGGUCAGAUUAUCACCAUUGGUAACGAACGCUUCCGCGCUCCGGAAGCGCUUUUCGUGCCAUCGCUCAUUGGUAUGGAGGCUAUUGGCAUUCAUGAGUUUGUCUACAAUUCCAUCAUGAAAUGCGACAUCGAUAUAAGAAAGGAUCUCUAUUCCAACGAAGUUUUGUCAGGUGGGACUACCAUGUACCCUGGUAUUGCUGACCGCAUGCAAAAGGAACUCACAAAUCUUGCUCCUUCUUCUAUCAAGAUUAAAAUUAUUGCUCCCCCUGAGCGCAAGUAUUCUGUCUGGAUCGGUGGUUCCAUUCUCGGCUCUCUCUCCACCUUCCAGUCUAUGUGGAUUACCAAGGAAGAGUACGACGAGUCUGGUCCCGGAAUUGUUCACCGCAAGUGUUUCUAAUUUCCAUUAUUAUAUCUAUUAUAAUAUUAUUUUUUUAUCCUAUGGGCAUCAACUGUACCAUACAGUACCAUAAACUUUAUGGUACAGUGUCGUCCAAGGAACCUUCUGCACAGGCUCUCAGGGCACAGUGUAGCUCAAGACUCUCCCUGCACAGGCUCUGAUGACACACUGGCAGUAAACAAUGUCAUUAUACAAGUCUAAUAACCACGAUGGAGGGCGCCGUGUCCAGUUUGUGGCGACCACAUUGCAUAUUAUUGGAACCAGAGCUUAACAUUUUGUCUUUCGUGUGCCAAAACUUUCCAAACCAUAUAAAUGCAGAGCCGUGCUGUUGAGUCUUCAGAUUUAUUAUUUUCUGUGAUCCAUUUAUUAUUUAGUUACUUGUAUUUAAGGUACAAUAAAUGGGUAGCGCUCCCAAUACUUUCCCUGUGGCUCUAGAGCUAAAUUAAUAAACGUUAUUUUCGUGACAA